UACAAAUUCAACGUUGAAAUGAGCUGUUCUGGUUGCUCCAAUGCUGUUAACCGAGCUCUAACUAGACUUGAAGGCGUCAAGAAUGUCGACAUUAGUUUAGAAAAGCAAGAAGUUGUUGUUGAUACUGAGCUUCCUCGCGAAACUGUCCUCGCCGCUAUCAAGAAGACUGGCAAAAAUGUCAAGGAAGAAUAA